CUUUACCCCGAAGAAGCGCGUGAUUUUGAACAACAAGAUGUCUGCAAACUUUCCUUCAAGAUCUUGUUUUACUAUGGGUUUUUUCUGGGCUUUUGAUCGUCACCACACCCUCGUUUGGCGAUUUCUGUGAAUCCGACAUCCCAGAAAGAUAAUAUAGCUCCCAUGGAGGAAAUAAUUACUGUCAAACAAGAGCCAACAGAGGAGCAUUUUGUUCCUACAACUGUGGUAGCAGGAAAUGCUACUGCAUCUGUGACAUCGAGCCAGGCGUCUACCACACCUAUAAUCACUGCCGUAACAAAUCCUGAGACCCAACCACGGCAAACAUGUGCAAUAUUGCCUCAGAAGACACAAGCCCAAACCCCAUUAACGCCCACCAAGACUGUACAAAUAGGGGUGGGGCACACCUCGCCCCAAGUGGUAAUGCUGUCUGGCAGUCCAAUAAAGCUGACACAAGUCCGAGGGCCAUUCAAGACAACGGCCGCUGGGGGGCAGAUCCCUAUCGGCAAGGGAGUUCAGCAGAUAUCAAACGUUACCUUUGUACAAGUCCCAUCUAAUACAUUUGUUCAAAAUGCUGGUGUGAGGCAGGGGUCCCCCUUAAAACAGGGCGUGGUCCCAAGGGUGAUCCCUAUAAGCUUAGCAGUGAACAAGUCUCAGGCUGUAUCGUCCAGUCACAUGACAAUAUCUAUGACUACAAGUGGGACUGUUACAGUUAGAGCAAUUGCACCCAAGAUGAAUAUUGCACCUACACUGUCAGCUUCACAAACAAUACAGCUUGCUCCAAAGCCGCCAUUAGUGCAAGCGUCUGGUGCAUCCCAGCAAGGUCAACAACGAUUCAUCAUUCCCGCCAUAGCACCCAAUACGAACACCACAAACCUUCAAUUUCCUCACGGGGUCAUCAGUGGUGGGGUGGUCUAUCUUCCACAGCAAGCUCUGCAGUCUUCUGGUAGUUUCCCAAUUGCAGUGCCUCUGCAAGCAAAUGCAUUUACACCAAACAACCAACAGGGCAACCUCAGUUCAAAUGGCAGGGCAUCGCCUGAUCCUUCUCCACCAAGCAGUAGACCGCGCAAGCCAUGCAAUUGUACAAAAUCACAAUGUCUCAAGCUGUACUGUGACUGUUUUGCCCAAGGGGAAUUCUGCAGCAACUGUAACUGUGUUAAUUGUUCUAACAACAUAGAACAUGAAAGAGAAAGAAGUAAAGCUAUCAAGGCCUGCCUUGAGAGAAAUCCCCAUGCCUUCCAUCCCAAGAUUGGUAAAGGCAAAGUGGGAGAGUCAGAGAGAAGGCACAACAAAGGGUGUCACUGUAAGCGAUCAGGCUGUUUGAAAAAUUACUGUGAAUGUUAUGAGGCAAAGAUUCUGUGUACAAGUUUGUGUAAAUGCACUGGUUGCAAAAACUUUGAGGAAAGCCCAGAGAGAAAAACAUUGAUGCAUCUUGCAGAUGCUGCAGAAGUCCGCGUGAAGCAACAAAAUGCAGCAAAAACUAAGCUCGAGUCUCAGAUCGAGGAUCUCCCCACCCGACCCCCCACAAUGACAAGCUCUGGCGAAAGGCUACCCUUCUCAUUUGUCACGGAAGACGUUGCCCAGGCAACGUGUCAAUGUGUCAUAGCACAGGCAGUUGAAGCAGAGAAGAUGGGUCUUUCUCCAGCAAUGGCCGAAAAAAUGAUUCUUGAAGAAUUCGGACGAAGCUUGUUGCAAAUAAUCCACACAGCAAGUAAAACAAAAGCAGAACAAUAAGGCCCAAAAAGAAGACUCUAUUUUAUGUUAGCAAGUUUGGCAGAGGUCACACACCUUGCUGUCACUCUGGUAAAUGCCAAACCCAGCAGAAACUGCCCAUCCACAAGCCACAUACUCGUUACACAAGUUAUAAAUGACAUUCCUGCUUUCUGGUGAUUUUGUUUGGUUCUGGCGCAAUUUUUCACCAGCAAAUCAUUCCGACCUUGGAUACACUGGUGGUACCUAGGAGGACACUCCUAAAAUACUUUUUAAAGUUGUAAAAUUUCAGACCACACAAGUGUUUUCUAUGGUUAUUUCUGUAAAAGAAUUGGGGUGAAAAGACUACUACUCCAGUAGCUAGCUAGUUGAUUGAUUAUGCAAAGCAUGAGUGCUUUGACUCAGGGGGGGAGGGGGGCACUCAGAUAUCAUUUGGUCGUAACAUCAAACAACUAACUAGCAAAACAAGACUGUUGCAGACAUUGGCUGAGAAACCAAACAAAUUAAGUUAUGCAGCCCAUGAAGAAAUGUACAUACAAACACUGCGACUAACACCACACAGUCAUAUUAUUUUACAUCAUUUGGGUUUUUUAUCAACUGUAAUAUAAAUAUUAUAAAUAGCAUGUUGUGGUGAAAUUUCUGGUUUUCGUAGGGUCCUCUCGGGCUUUUAGUGGGGUGUGCCUGACUCAAAAUACCACAUUAGAAACCCUUCCGGUGGAAGAAGUUCAGAUUUAUAAGACGUUAUCGUACACUGUCCCCAAAUAAAGAUAAAAAUAAAAGCUUGGGAAGAUGGAAAUAAAUGUCACUCAAAAUGUUUGUUUGAGAAUUUAUUACUUGUCAAAAACGGAGGCAAGGAAAUAUGGGCACUGAAUCUGACAAUGAUGUCCUGCAGAGAGAUGAAAGUCUGUGCUAGGGCUGGCCACGGGCACCCAGGAUUUUAUUGUAAAUGAGUGUAGAGAAUAUUUAUGUACCUCUGAUAGAAUGACUGUUGUUGACAGGAUAGCUGCUAAGGUAAAGAAGUCUAUAUUGUACAAAGCCUUAGUGUUGCACACUCCUGAAAUGUAUAGCACAAUUAAAUGAUAAAAUUUCUUUAAAAUUUAUCUUUAUGAAA